AUGUUGAUAGGUGUUACUGGUGGCGGACUGACCCUGAGCCGAGGCCUUGUGUUGCAGAGCGCCCUGUACCCCCCGUCGGUCCUGCACCAGCUGACUCAGGCUGCCGAGGGGCCCGAGGGGGUUAACUGCCCCAUAUGCGGCGUCCAUUUCAGUGGCAAAUACCACAAGUACAACCUGAAGCGGCACAUGGACAUCCACCGCGGCGUACGGCCCUUCAGCUGCCACCACUGCGGCCAGCAGUUCAACCGCCGCCACAACCUCGACCGCCACAUGGAGCGCCUCCACAACAUGCAGUCGCAGCCGCCCUCCUGAGCGUCCGCAACCCGAGGGCGUCCGGCUAGGCGCGGGGAAAGUGUUGCGAAAGUAAAUGCAAGGGCGUUGCGUCUUUUUUUCAGUGGACGUUUGCCCUCAACGUUCGUGAUGAAAGAAGUCGUUAGAAAAGAAAAAAAUCCCUUUCCUUCAAGGGCCCAUGGAAAGAAAAAGUAACUGGAAUGUCACCUGCCAACUUUGCGAUAUUUAAAAGAGAAUGCUAAAGUAGCCGAACGAAAGCCGAGCAUGACGUGUUGCAGGGAGGGAGAGCUGCGUGAGUGACUGGCAGCUGCAUGUUGGUGCACGAGAAGGCAGUGUUGCAAUCCUAACAGAGUGCAAUGGCAACUGAAGGUCUUUGAACUUUGCAGGGGGAGGGAGGAGGAGGAGGAGGAGCACCGUACGCGCAGCCGGCGUGGCAACAGGACCACAGAGAACGGGGCGGUUCCUUAGCGUCCGGCGAGGGAGUUGCAAGGUGCCAUCUGUGCAGCAAGACCUUCCACGGACGCUACCAGAAGUACAACCUGAAGCGGCACCUGAGCAUCCACGCCGGGGAGAAGCCGUUCUUGUGCCCCUACUGCCCGCACCGCACCAACCAGAAGUACAACAUGCAGCAGCACCUCCUGGUGUGCCGCAGCCGCCCCAUGCAGCCUGCGGGCCCGCCGUUGCAAAUGCAGUCGCCGCAGUGACCGCUCUGUCUGAAGCGACCUCUCUCGACCUCUCGGCUUUGCAAGCAGCCCCCGAACAGGAAUCUGUCUGCGGUUCUGUGUUGCGUAGAAGGGCCGUGAAUGCGCAGGACGCAGGCGGAAGGAAAGGCGAAGGUGCUGUGCUUGUUGAUUGGUACCUUUUUUUCCAGUAAAGAGAGUGAUUAUUUUCACGAUUCCAUUUUUUUUUCAUUCAUUACGAUUGUUGUUGUGAUAAAUGUUUCAUUUAUCGAUAUUUAUUAGCGUAUGUAUUUUGUUACAAAAUUUGGCGAUUUGUAUAAUUUUUAUAUUAAUGUCAGUCUUGAAUUGAGUGUGUCACAACAAAAUGCAAAAGGCCAAUGAUUAUGUAUACUAUAGUUUCACCUAUUUAUUCAGUUACCCACAUGUAACAAAGAAGAAUGUAUUGUCAUAGAUCCACAUGAAAGAAGGGAAGAAGCCAUUAUACCUGUAAGCAAGUAUAACAUUUCGAACGUGUAGUACCGUUUUUUCGUAAACCGUUGCUCUGUUAUGUUUUUUUCUUGUUUUGUUUUGUUUUUGUUUUGUUUUAUAAGAAAGCGAAUGGAAUGCAUAAAGAUUUUUUUUUUAUGAUUGUGAGAUUGAAGAUGUGUUUUCGUAUCUGCGUUGAGUCAAUGCGUAUUUUUUUCGGGCCAAUCGAUUAUUAGUUUAUUUUUCUUUCGCGGAGAGUCGGUUCUAACACCACCGUUGUGAUCUCUUCACAUGUAUACUGUAUAUAGUAUGUAAUGUAUAUAGAUGAAUGUGUAUAUGUAUAUAUAUAUAUAUUGCCAUGCUUUAAGAUGGAAUGUCUUGGAGCAAUUAAUGUAUUCCACAUCUUUACAUCAAUGAGCAAAAAAUAUGAUUUUUUUUUUCAUGACACGUUUAAAGUCUGCUGAUACUGAAUUGUAUGCUGUGAUUUUAGGAUAUUAGAGAAUUUAAUAAUAAAAAUAAAAGACUCAGUUUACA